AUGGGAAGAAGGAAGAUAGAUAUUGAGAGGAUUGUUGAUCCAAACAAGAGAAUGGUAACUUUUUCUAAAAGAAGAACUGGAAUCGUGAACAAAGCUACUCAGCUUCUUAAGUUUUGUACAGAUAUUGUAUUGAUUGUAUUUUCUCCUGCUGGAAAGCCUUACACUUUCAGUAAUUCUUCUUUAGGUGUUUGUGAUAUCGUUCAUCGAUUUAUCGCCGAUCAAACGAAAGACAAUAAGAAAAUUAAGAAUUCUUCGUGUGUUCAACAAUGCAGGAAGAAGAAUGUUGUUGUUGGAAGUGAUCGUGAUAGUUUUUGGUGGGAUAAUAUAGACAUGGAAAAACUCGAUUCCGUGGAAAAGUUAAUGUCUGUCAGAAAAUCUUUGGCAGUUUUGAAACAAAAUUUGACUGCGAGAAAAGAGAAACUUGCAUCAUCGGCAUUAUCAGCAGAAGCAGCAGCAUCGUCAUCUCCCUCUUCAACUAUACAAGACUCAAUUGUAGAAUAUACUGCUGCGGAAGAAGCCGCAACAACUUUUGCUCCUACAACCACCAACAAGCACAAUGCAGGUUGGAAAGGUCGUGAUGAAUUGGGUCUCAGUUUUGAGUCGCAGUUCGAUGGAAAGGCUACUAUGUUGAAGUUGGAGGAUGAGGCUGGCGGCAGCGACGAGGAAGUGGAAGGCGGCCCUUCAACAGAUUUGGCUUUGUAA